AUGGAUGAUACAAUAGAACAUGAAAAAUCCGUUACUGAUAAUAGUAAUAAAAAUGAUGAAGCACAAUAUGUUGAUUGUAUACGAUUAGUUGAAGGUGGUCAUAUUCGACGUUUUGAAAAUAUAGUAGCAAAAUUUGAUAUUAUUCAAUAUGAAUUAAAUGAUGGACCAAGUAAACCAUUAAUUUUUUAUGCUAUUGAACAUAAUGAUGAACCAUUUCUUAAAGUUUUACUUGAAAUGGAAAUACCAUUGAAUAAAUCAUAUUCAAAUAUACACGACAAUGGAAUAUUAUUUUAA